CACGAUUGACGUAAUUCUCGUCGUUCGAGAUCAAUGGCUAGACUUUAGUGUCAUCCAUUUAUCUGCACUAGCUGGCUGGCUUCGACAUAACAGAUGCUGUGCAAGGAUCCGUGACGAAGGAGCUAUUCGCCGUUGAUCCAAUGGCAAGCUUUGGGGAGAAAUGCUGGUCACGAACAGCGAUGGCUCAGGACCACGUCCUCGGAGGUAACCGGCGGGGCUUGAUAAGCGGAGCUCGAGAAUGAAUGUAAGGCAUGCCUGGCUUGCCCGUAGAUGCAGUCGGAAUGGCUUCUGCACAUUCAUAUGACACACAUUUCCGUCCUGGAUGACGUGAACUCCCGAUCGUGAUCAUGCGCUGAGGCGAUAACAAGGCUGUUUCUCGCCCCGCUGCUGAAGAAUGGCAGUUGCACGAUCGAUCCAGCCAAGAGUCACGCUUGACGGCAGCACAAGUCCUUGUGCACUCUGAAGCAUACCGAUUGCACGUGCCACACUCGCGAUCGACCAAUGUGCAAAAAUGCCGCAAGCGAACCGACCAUGCAUUCCGAAUGGAACCCCGUACACUCUUUAUCUCAAGAAUGUCGAUAUACGGGCGUGAGCUGCACGAUCGAUGGUGUCGAUCGUAAACUGCUCGAUGAGCUGUGCUCUAUGACUGAGUGGGUGACAUACGCAAGCCGCACAAUCUCGGGUCGAGCUCGCCUCCCAUUGAACCGAGCAACUCAAUUCUGUCUGACAGUGGACCUUUCCUCUCGCAAUGCGUAGGAGCGACGAAGAGCUUUUCCCCUGGACAGAAAAGCAUGUCCUCCCGGUUUGCACAGCUGCAUGAUGCUGACCGAAGACAAAUCAACGUCGUUCUGCGCUCACCAUGAAAUUGCCACGGCUGUUCAUUGCAAGAGAGAAAUAGAGAGACGCAAAUCUAGCGACGACUUAUUUUCAGGAUCCCUGCUGCAGAGAGAACAUCGACACCAAGGGUGCGAAGCGAGAGGUGGAAGGGGAGUGGAAAGGAGUGGAAAGGAAUUCUCAAACGACCAUCGAUUGCCUGCUUACCAUAGCGACCGAAAUGAUUUGUCGCGGUCCCCGUAUGAAGUUCGGGUCAUCUGUCUUUCCCAGCAGACAAGGCCCCCAACCACGCAUUUCACUGACAGUCGAGACCCGGACAUGUGUCUAAUGUGCUGAUAUGCAGCUCAGAGAUUAUACAUCAUAGUCGGCUCUCGAUUUGGAUAAUCUUCGAUGUCUGGUACUUAUAUAUCCCAAAUCUUGGAAAACUGGCAGGGAUUUAGAACCCUAGCCAUCAAGAGCCAGGAGUUGCAUUGUCAUGUUUUCAUGAACAGAUUCGAACAUUUGACUCACGAUCAGAUUCCUGUGACUUCAAAUAUGUCACAGUUAUGGCGUACGUAAUUAUUAAGUAUCCA